GUCUCGAAGGAAGCCCCGACGAGGUCGAAUACAGGAGACUCUGCCGUGCCCCGUCAAAAUAACGCAAAAUGCCUGAUGACUACGAUAAAGCUGCGUACCCGGAGCCUCCUCGUCGGACCCCCGUUGUGGACAAACAGACGGCUCUGCCAAAUCCUGCCCUAAUCUUGACGAAACUCUUCUAUUAUUCAGUGGAUCUCCCUGUCACCACAUUCAGAGGUAUCAUUGAUAACAUCCGAUCUCAGAACAAGCUGGUGUACUACCAUCAGAAUUUUCGCCGUGUCCCUGAUCUGUGUGACUGUAAGCAGGGAGACUACGUCUGCUACUACGAAGCAGAGAUGCAGUGGAGGAGAGACUUUAAGGUGGACCAGGAGAUAGUGAAGAUAAUCCAGGAGCGUCUAAGGGCCUGCCAGCAGAGAGAAGGAGAAAGCUACAGACAAAACUGUGCCAAGGAGCUGCAGCAGUUUAAUGAAGUGACCAAGGGCUACCAGUCACGCUAUCAAGACCUGGGAGCAUACGGCAGUGGACGCAAAUGUCUAAUGAAGCAGAAAGAAAGGAUGAUGGCAGCUCAGGCCCAAGCCUAGAAACUCGGUACAUCUAUAAUGGCUCAAUUCUUUCCCGUAUGUAAUAAAUGUAAAAUAAAAAUUUAUGGGAUGAGUCAUGUCUAUUUUC